CUGCUUUAGACUUCUCCAAGCCAGAGUUUUCUUCCUUUUGUGCAAGAACAAGCACACCAGAUCCCUUGGAAUGAAGAGAACUAUCAAGGUGAAAAACACCUACACCAGCUGGAGUUGGUGCAACCAGACCCUUCCUUGUGGAUUGUGGACACAUUUCUAUCAGUGAAUUGUCUGUUUGGAUUGGUUAAUGAUUUCCGAAUGGCUGUAAGAAUCUGGUGAAUGAUCUUUGGUUGAAGAAUUGUCAACAAAAUCUGAGUAAAAAUAACAAACUGCAAAAUUUUCCAGAUCAAGAAAAAAGGAAAAGAAACAGAUGUAAUUGACUUCUACUUAAGCAAAACGUUCUUUACAGUGUCUUGGGUGGACUCUAGGAUGACAGUCCUGCUGACCAGCCUUCUGUUGCUGAUGUCCUUGGAAAUGCUGGUUAUGUCUCACCUUCUGAUGGAUAUGGCUCUGCAGUCCUUUGAUGAGCAGUAUCUGGGAGGCAGAGAGAAGGUGAUGGAAGAACUAGAGCAAGGAGACUAUUUCCAAAAGGAAAUAGCUGCUAACAAGGACUAUUUGAGUCUCUGGAAAAAGGCUCAGGAGACUUUGUUAAAGAGCCCUGUAGGUCUCCUGAGGGAGAUGCGUGAGAGCCAUGCCAUAGUCCUCAUGGCUUACACCAUGAACUCUUCCCUGCACUCUCAGCUGAACUGGGCCACAUCUACAGCAGGAAGGUCUCCAGAGCACUACAGACACAACUUCAGUUUCAAAUAUUUUAAUUUUUACUUAACAACUGCUAUCCAGAUAAUAAAGCAAAGGCAGAGAGGCAAGGAGAGCGUGGGGAAACGUAAGUGCUACCGGGUUCACAGAGGUGUAAAAGAAUAUAUUGAGGCCAUGGUAGGCAGCAGGGUGCAAUUUGGCUGUUUCACCUCCACCUCACGCCUCUGGAAGGAACCCCAGAAGUUUGGGAAUGAAACUUUGUUUACAGUGACCACUUGCCUGGGAGCAGCUGUGCAAGGCUCUUCUUACUAUACAUCUGAGAAGGAAGUCCUCAUUCCCCCUUACGAGUCAUUCCUUGUCAAAAUCUUCUUUCGGACACAGCAAGGGAACCGGCUGCAACUGCAUUCUGUGGGGAACUACAGCAAGUACCACUGUGAGCUCGUGGAAGCUUCAAGAAGCAAGAACAGCUGUUCCACUGCCUUCACCUCUGCUGUUCUUCCUAGCGUAGUUCGAGUUUUCAUGUGCUUGGCCUGCAAUGACUGAUUCUCUGGCCGCAUCCAUGUGUAAACAUCUGAAUAGCAGGAAAGAAG